CGCGCCCAGCACACUGUAUAAAGAGCCUGGCCGCCGCGGCGGGGCAGCUCCCGGCUUCGCGCGGGGUAAAGCUUCCCUCGUCGGUCUGCGUCCGUGCCUGAUAUCCUUCUGGACACCUCGAAGAUGGCACCCGUUGGGGGCAAAAAGGCCAAGAGGGGCAUCCUAGAACGUUUGAACGCUGGAGAAGUUGUGAUUGGCGAUGGAGGGUUUGUCUUUGCACUGGAGAAGAGGGGCUACGUGAAGGCAGGCCCCUGGACCCCAGAGGCUGCUGUGGAACACCCAGAAGCAGUUCGCCAGCUUCACCGAGAGUUCCUCAGGGCUGGAUCCAAUGUCAUGCAAACCUUCACCUUUUAUGCAAGUGAAGACAAGCUGGAGAACAGGGGAAACUAUGUUGCAGAAAAAAUAUCUGGGCAGAAAGUCAACGAAGCUGCUUGUGACAUUGCCCGGCAAGUGGCUGAUGAGGGAGAUGCUUUGGUGGCAGGAGGUGUGAGCCAAACACCUUCGUACCUUAGUUGCAAGAGUGAGACUGAAGUUAAAAAAGUAUUUCAGCAACAGUUAGAAGUCUUUAUGAAGAAGAACGUGGACUUCUUGAUUGCCGAGUAUUUUGAGCAUGUUGAAGAGGCUGUGUGGGCAGUCGAAACCUUGAAAACAUCUGGGAAACCUGUGGCAGCAACCAUGUGCAUCGGCCCAGAGGGAGAUUUGCAUGGCGUGAGCCCCGGCGAGUGUGCGGUGCGCCUGGUUAAAGCAGGAGCUUCUAUUGUUGGUGUGAACUGCCAUUUUGACCCCACAAUUAGUUUACAAACUGUGAAGCUCAUGAAAGAAGGCUUGGAGGCUGCCCGUCUGAAAGGCCACUUGAUGAGUCAGCCACUGGCCUACCACACUCCUGACUGCAGCAAACAGGGAUUUAUCGAUCUACCGGAAUUCCCCUUUGGACUGGAGCCCAGAGUUGCAACCAGAUGGGAUAUUCAAAAAUAUGCCAGAGAGGCCUACAAUCUGGGGGUCAGGUAUAUUGGCGGGUGCUGUGGAUUUGAGCCCUACCACAUCAGGGCAAUCGCAGAGGAGCUGGCCCCCGAAAGGGGCUUUUUGCCACCAGCUUCGGACAAACAUGGCAGCUGGGGAAGUGGUUUGGACAUGCACACCAAGCCGUGGAUUAGAGCAAGGGCCAGGAAGGAAUACUGGGAGAAUCUUCGGAUAGCCUCAGGCAGGCCAUACAACCCUUCGAUGUCAAAGCCCGAUGCCUGGGGAGUGACCAAAGGAACAGCUGAGCUGAUGCAGCAGAAAGAAGCCACAACUGAGCAGCAGCUGAAAGAGCUCUUUGAAAAACAGAAAUUUAUAUCUGCACAGUAGCCUCAGGGAAACCCAUUUUUAGUGAUUUCUAUGUUUGGGCCACAGUUCCCAAAAAUAAGGAAAAGAUGGUUUUAAAGUAAUGCUUAUGUUAAUGUCAGGCUACAUAUAAAAUUGGUAGUAGCUAAACAAAACAGAACUACAAAUAGCACUUGACAAUUUUAAAAGUAUAUUUCAGAAAUUUACUUAGAAGCAAAGUAAGUAAGAAGUAAAUCUUAAACAGGUUCCCUAUACCACACAUAAGGUAUUAGGGAAUUCACUGUGGCCAAUGACAAGUAAUUCAGAUAUUCAUUCCCACUUUAGUUAGUCUGCAGGCUAGUAAGGAGGAUGAGAUGUGAGCUGACAUGACAGAGACAGAUAAAAUGCUACAGGGAAGUGACUUCCAAGUUCUUUUGAACAUGACCCUUAGUAAGAAACAAAAGUUAUGUAAUAGCCCAGUAAAACACGUACCAUAUAACCACUGAAAUAAAAUGUGUGAUCCAUUUUGGUAUUUUCUAUUCCAUUCCUUUCCAUCUUGUCUCACUGAUAAAACAUGCUGGCUGAGACCCUUCAAACUGAUUUUAUGACCCAACAGUUUGAAAAACACUGUCAUGGAACACUUCAGAUAGGGGGACAUUGCUGUUUCUUUAAGUUUGUUCUUAGAUAUCAGUCAUAUGAGACAUCAUCAGUAAGUAUCAAAAGACCAAAGUCCUCCUCUCAGAGUUCAAGAGUUGUUCUCUCUUUCCUGACCCAUGGCAGAGCAACGGCAAGAGGAAAGAAGGUAUCGGUAUCUAAGCUUUCUCCAUCCUGCCCAAAACUGAUGCACCUAAAUGCUUUCAGUCAGUAAGGCUGGGUAACAAUGUUACCUUGGUAGCUUUAAAAAAAAAAAAACAAAA